AUACAGUUUGCGUUAAGUACUAUUGAAACUAGCAUAGCAUUUUUAUUAGCAUACCAGUUUUGAUUAAAAGCGACUCAAUCUAAUGUUCACCAUCUAGGCUGUUUCUUUCUCUCUUCCUUUCUCUUUUUUCGUUUUUUUCUUCUAUAGAUUUAUUUUCACUUCACUUUUUUUCUACCUAAGAAAUCAGAAUAUUGCUUUGUUUUUCAACUUUGUCCAACAAAAUUGGUUAGCUACACAAAUUGAUUCAAAACCAGUUCAAUACAAAAAUUUUUAAUGAAUUUUUGGUAGCCCGUUAAUAAUACAAAAUUGAAAACUGCUUUAAAUGUUUGGAUUAUUGGGAAUCCUUCCCAAUAAAAAUUUAUUAAAAAAUGUAAACCAUAAUGCAUGGCUCUAAAGCAUAGCCAAACACAGCCUCCCAGUCAGUUUUCAGUUGCGUUUAAAAAGGUCUAUCAGAGAAAAGGUCCAAGUCAUAAAAAUCCAUGAGAAAGAGAAACAGUGUUCGGUGUUCAUAUGUACAUUUGUUCAUAUUAAAUUCAUUUUCUUUCACUUAAUGCACCUAAUAAUUUAUCUAUACGCAGGACCUUCUAAUAAGCAGUCAAAAUCCCAUUUCCGAGUGGGAAGUUCAGCCAUAUUUUGUGGUGGUCUAUGAAGCAAUGCACCUCACCUGUAACUUAAUAAUCUCUGAUCAUCCUGUUAUUUGUCUGUCAGACACUUUUUACCAUUUUCAGUGGCAGUUUGGUGUAUUUUUUGUGUUGUCUAUUCAUAUUCCUCCUUACUAUGUACGAAAUUUUUCUAUCAUAUCAAUUUUCCCCAUUAGCAACAUUAGGAAAACUAUAAGACUCAGUUUUCUUACAUUUUAGAAAAGAUUCCAUUAAUUUCACAUAGUCUUCAGUGCAAUGUUUGCCCAAAUUUAUGUUAUUUUGGCCUUUGAAUGCUUGUUUCUGUGGUAUAGUUUUUCCUUUGUUUAUUUGGUGAUUGUAUGGUGUGUGUUUUAUUAUUUGUAUUUUUUAAUUGGUCAGUGGUAUUGAUGACCUUGAAUUAGAGUUUGUUGUUAAUUUUUGUAAUUGUUAGGUAAAGUAAGUUUUUAGUUGCUGCUUGUGUUUCCACAGCGAAUGUUCUGUUUUUAUAUAACUGAGCUCCAAUCUAGUGGAAUGUUGUCAAUUAUUUUAUAACACAUCAAUCAUGGAAGAUGGUAAAUUGUUGAUCCAUAUUCCAAUUGAAAUUUUACUUGUGUUCAUGAGUCUAAAACAUAGGCUUAACAUCCAACUAUAGGUGCUGUAGAUAGGCAUCAGAAAGGAAAGAAAUUUCAAUGUCAAUGUUGGGAAUUGAACCCAUGACGCUGGCUGAUAAUUAACUCGAUUGGUCAAUCAUCUAGUCAUAGUCACUCAUAUUUAUCUAUUGCCCAUAUUUAUGUAUUUAUUGUAUAAGUAUUAUUAACAUAAAGUUAUUUCAGAUUAUAUCAAAAUUUCCAUGUUAUUCCAACUUGAAAAUACCAAAUAAUCAAUGUAUGAAAAAACAAAAGGUAUUUCACAAGAAUUCAGAUGUCUCAACUAGCCCACACGAUUCGGAAACAGAGACACAACACCAUCAAAGUGUAGAAGAAGAAAAGCAACUGUCGUACAGCCCAAGUGAUUCCGAUUCAGUUUCGCCAAAUAAUCACCGUGUGAAAAAACAAAAGCUACUUCACAUUAAUUCAGACGUUUCAAAUAGCCCAUUUGACUCUGAUUCGGAGACACAGCACCAUCAAAGUGUGAAAGAAGAAAAUAUUUCAGAUUCGGAAACACAUGGUCAAAGUGUUAAAAAAGAAAGUAUAUUUAAUUUCACUUCAAAACUGGCAUACAGCCCAUGUGAUUCUGAUUCAGAUAUGCCAAAUAAUCACUGUGUGAAAAAACAAAAGCUACUUCACAUUAAUUCAGACGUUUCAAAUAGCGUAGGUGACUCUGAGACACAGCACCAUCAAAGUGUGAAAGAAGAAAAAUUUUCAGAUUCGGAAACACAACAUGAACGAAGUGUAAAAAAAGAAAAUAUAUUUAAUUUCACUUCAAAACUGCCAUACAGCCCGUGUGAUUCUGACUCCGAUAUGCCAAAUAAUCUAUGUGUCAAAAAACAAAAGCUACUUGGCAUUAAUUCAGAUGUCUCAUACAGCCCACGUGAUCCAGAGCCGGAGGAACAGCAUGAUCAAGGCAAACUUUCGUACAGCCCGUGGGAAUCUGAUCCAGAGACCCAGUGUGAUCAAAAUGAUAAAAAGACAAGUCUAUUUAAGUUUACAUCAAAUUUCUCAUUCAGCCCAUGUGGUUCGGAUUCAGAGAACCUGCAAGAUCAAGAUGACUCAUGCAGCCCAUGUGGUUCAGAUUCGAAAUCACUGCAUCAUGAAUUAUCAAAAAACGAAGAUAACAGUUCAGGAUCUGAUGAUGGGGAAGAAAGCGAUGAAGAAAGUGAUGAAGAAAGCGAAGAAGUAAUCUCAGUAUCAACAGAGUCACAGGAUACUAAAGUAAGCUUAAGUAGCAGUUCGCAUACGUCUGAAGAGGAUUCUAUUGAUUCUGUAGAAGGGAAUGGACAAAAUUACAAACUAAAGCUCCGGAGAGAUUUUUUGUCUGACAGAACGGAUGAUGAUGAUGAUGAUGAGGACUUCCGCGCACAUUUCGAGCGACAAAAGUACCUGUUUCUGCACCAAAGAUUUAACAUGGGAUCAAAUUCAAAUUCUGGUUUCAACGUUUUUCAUUCGGAUGAAAUUGAGACCAUCAUCAUAUCAUCGGACGAUGAAGAUUGUUAGUUAAUAAAUGCAUAUGAUGAAAUAAACAUGUAAACAAGCAUA